AUGCCCAAAGAGAACUACACCGCGCCGAGCGAGUUCAUCCUCUUGGGCUUCACCGACCGGCGGGAGGUGGAGCUACCUCUGUUUGGGCUCUUCCUGCUGGUCUACGCCACCACCUUGGUGGGGAACAUCGGCCUGGUUGUGCUCGUCCAGCUCAACCCCUCCCUUCACACCCCCAUGUACUACUUCCUACGCAAUUUAUCCUUCUUAGACCUUAGCUGUUCAACUGCCAUUGCUCCCAAGAUGCUGGUGAAUCUGUUAGCACAGCAGAAGACCAUUUCUUUAAUUGGCUGUGCAACCCAGAUGUUUCUCUUUGCUACCUCUGCUGAUGCCGAGUGCCUCAUUUUGGCUGCCAUGGCCUACGACCGGUACGUGGCCAUAUGCCACCCUCUCCUCUACACCGUGGCCAUGUCCCGCAGGCUCUGCACCUCCAUGGUAGCCGGAGCUUAUCUCAGUGUGGGCCUGACCUCGCUGGUCCACACAUCUUUCACCUUCACCUUGUCGUUCUGCGGUUCCAACGUGAUCAACCAUUUCUUCUGCGACAUCCCCCCGCUGCUGGAGCUCUCCUGCUCCAACACACGGGUCAACGAGAUCCUCCUCGUCACCCUCUGCGGCUUCAUACAAACCAGCACCUUCCUCGCCAUCGUUGUCUCCUACUCCUACAUCCUCAGCACCGUCCUCCGCAUCCGCGGGGCGGACAGGAGGCACAAAGCCUUCUACACCUGCACCUCCCACCUGACGGCCGUGGGGUUGUUCUACGGCUCCCUCCUCUUCACCUACCUACGGCCCAGCUCCAGCUACUCGCUGGACACAGACAAAGUCGUCUCUGCCUUCUACACCGUGGUCUUCCCCAUGCUGAACCCCCUGAUUUACAGCCUGAGGAACAAAGAGGUGAAGGAUGCCUUGAGGAGAACAGUAGGGAGAAGAGUGUUUUCUCGGUGAUUUUUCCCCGAAGUGUAAAGAUGUCGUGUGCUGCUGGUGUAAAACACAAUGAAAAUAGAAGCAGUGGGAUCCACCUGACUAAGUGUGGGUGGCUUGUUAUGAAUAUUUGCAUCUGGGGUGGCUUCCCAGGUUUAUUUGGGAAUCACUGGAAAAAUGUGGUCAACUUAGAUUCACCUCAGGAUAAAAACAGAAGCCCAGGUCGAUGAAUCCCAUCCCAGAAGGAUCUCCUUCCCCUCCUCACUGU